AGUGCUGUUGCUUGGAAAAAAGUUAAUGUAUUAAAAUUUUGAAAAUAGCGUAAAACAUAGUAUUUAAGCUUUAUUUAUGAUAAAAUGGGUGAAAACUCUAGUGCCUCAGCAUCAAACGAUGAAUAUGAAUUGAAAGAAAUUCGGAAUUUGUUAUGGGGUUCAAUUAAAGAAGAUGUUUUUAGACGAUGGUCCCAAGGUUUUGAAUUCUCUGAUGUUGAACCAUCAGCUUUAGUGCAAAAACAAGGUGGUCCAUGCGCUGUGAUAGCUCCUGUUCAAGCUUUUCUUUUAAAAAUUCUUCUAAUGGAAACUCCGGGUCAUAACUUGAAAGAUCUAACUAAUGAAAAAUGUAACCGAUUGUUAAUACAAGCUUUGUGUAAUAUAUUAAUGAAAUGCAAAGUAAAUAAAUAUCGAAUCGUAUAUUUGCCAGAUAUAAGUACAGAAGCCAAAGAAUCCAGUUCUGCUCCAAGUCCUGCGGCAGACGCUGAGGGCAAUAUUCAUAAUUCUGUGGAAUCUAACGAAGAACAUAUUGAACAAAUGGUAGCUAAAGAGCGACCAGAAUGGACGUCUGAUGAAUUUCAUGACCGAUUAUCAGUUAUUCACUUAGAAACAAUUGAUGAUGUUGAAAAAUAUUACACCGAUAAUUUUUACGUACUGACGGGGAAAUAUGGUGUACUAUUGUUUAUGUAUUCUGUCAUUUUAACUAAAGGUGUUGAAAACGUUCAAACAGAGCUAUCUGAUACAUCAGAGCCAUUAAUUCAUAAUACAUAUGGGUACGGUUCACAGGGUCUAAUCAACUUAAUGUUAACUGGUCGAGCUGUAUCAUACGUAUGGGAUAAUGACCAAGAUGUUGGUGGUCUAAAGCUUCGUGGAAUAAAUCAGCAAUCGGAUAUUGGAUUUAUUACAUUAAUGGAACAAAUGCGUUAUUGCACUGUAGGUUCAUUUUAUAAAAAUCCUAAGAAUCCUGUAUGGAUUAUGGGUUCAGACACACAUUUAACAGUUUUAUUCAGUAAUGAAAAGAGGCUGGUUUCACCAGAAACACCAAGUGAAAUUGCUCGUCGUGUUUUCAAAUCCUACGAUCCAGAUUGCAACAAUUUCAUACCUACUCCCGUUUUGCAAGAUGUGCUUUGUACAUUGCAUUUAGUCAGUGACCCAGAAUAUGUUGCUAUUAUGCAAAAGAAGUUAGAUCCAGAAAAUUUGGGAAUUAUUUUACUCAAUGCAUUUAUGGAUGAAUUUUUUCCGGAAGAUCAACGUUCAAUGCCUGACACAUUUGAUUUAAUGCAUUAUAAUGGAAUACCAGGAUCCAAUUUCGGAAAUAAGGUCAAAUACAACAAAGGUACAGCAAUUUUAUUGGAGAGUGAUUUAAAAUUAAUGUGUAGCAUUUCUAAUAACAUGUUGACAUGUUUACAAACAAAAUGGCCAAACAUCGAAGUAAAUUGGAAUGAAUCACGGAUACCAUCAUUGAAUUGACACAGAAAAAUAGUAACGUAUGUGAAAAACACUUUUUAAAUAGAAUUAAUUUAAAGAAAAAAUAAACAUUCAAAUAAAGUAAUAAAUUUAACAAAAUUAAUGAAAUACAAGAAUCUAAUAAUGACAAAUGCUAGUAUAAAAAUAGAAAGGUGUUUCCUUGUUAUGUCUUAAUUCCAAAACUAAUAAAAAUUUAAAGCAUUUAAUUUAGCUCACACGGUCUGUAAUAAAUUGAUGUAGAAAUUAAAGAACUACAGUUUUAUAUUUUACCUACAGCUUGUUGAUUCAUUUUACAUUAUCAACCAUCCUAGUUAUGUUGUAUAAACAUAUUUGAGAAAAUUUUGUGAUUUAGAUGAAGCAAGGAAACUCCAAUUAAAAAAAAAACAACAAAAUAAUUUAAUAAAAAUUUUAGUGAUUGUUU